AUGAGAUAUUCGACUGUGUACUCGCUCGCCGGGCUUCUAGCUCUGGUUUGGGCCGAGGAAGAAUUCGAGCUCGAGACUGCCGUGACCGUCUUUGAGACUUAUAUCCCGGAGCCGACCCUGUACAUCAACGGCGGCCACACCUACACCGUGACUAAGCCCUGCACAGUCACCGUCACCAAGACCGUGACCGUCACCAAGAAGAAGCCCACCAAGACCAAGGCCCCUCCUCCCCCUCCGUCGAGCACCGUCAAGACGUACCCACCAACCACCCUGACGUCUGUGACCAAGCCGCCCAAGCCCACCAAGUCUCACACUCCUCCGCCGCCCGAGACUACUCCUUGUGAGACUGAGUCGUCUACCAAGCCGCCCACGACCGAGUCGACCACGACCAAGCCUCCGCACACCUCGAAACCUCCGCCCCCGGAGACCACCCCGUGCACUACUUCUAGUAGCCAUACGCCGCCUCCACCACCACCACCACCGGAGACCACUCCGUGCACGACGUCGAGCAGCCACCCGCCGCCUCCACCACCACCGCAGACCACCCCCUGCACAACGGAGUCGAGCCACCCGCCGCCGCCGCCUCCUCCUCCGUCGCACACCCCUAAGCCGCCGCCAACUCAUACGCCCAAGCCUCCACCACCUCCGCCGUCUCACACUCCUCCUCCGCCGCCUCCUCCAUCGCAUACUCCCAAGCCGCCUCCACCAUCUCACACUCCACCACCACCUCCGCCGUCUCACACUCCUCCACCACCACCUCCGUCGUCUCACACUCCUCCCCCGCCUCCCCCAAGCAGCACGCUGCCUCCUCCUCCCCCACCUCCGCCGAGCAGCAGCACGCUGCCGCCGCCAUCGCCACCUGCGCAGACCACACCGCCGCCAAUCCCGACCGCAGCUGCCGCCCGCUUUGGCGCCGGCCUCGGCGGUAUGCUCGCCGUCGCCGCACUGGUGAUUUAA